AUGGCCUCCUCCAAUCUCUGUCCAGCCGACGAGAUCUUCUACAAGGGCCAGCUUCUCACUCUCCAUCUCUCCCCCCGCCUCUCCAUGGUUCAAACUCUCCUUCUAGCCUCGUCCAGCUCUUCGUCUUGCUCCGACUCCACUACCACCGCUUCUCGAGACUCGCCCGGCAGCUCCAAUGACUCUAGCUCCUCUUUUUCCGGUGAUCUCGUCUUGUUCACCGAGUGUGACUCAUCGCGGCCGAGCUCGGUGGUCGAGGAAGACGAGUUUAAGCGUCUCAACCACAAUUAUCACCAUCAGAGCCCACAGAUCAAGAAAUCCAAGUAUUUCUCUCUAGUGAGGUUCUCUUCUGUGUUUCGCAGAGACAAUAACAAGCAUAGAGAUCAAGAGAAUGUAUCGGGUCCUUCUGUGAAGCGGAUGAGCGCAUCGGCCAAGGACGUGAUAAGGAAGUAUUUGAAAAAGGUGAAACCUUUAUACGAGAUGUUAUCACACAAGCAACAACAACAGAAGACGGCGGUGAUGAUAACAGUGGCUUCGUUUGCGAUGAGGACAGAGACGUCCGGGAAAAACAGAGAAACCUCUGCUUCAAGUACGAGGAAAGAGAACAACAGUGUAUUCUCUCAUUCAUUCUCUGGAAACUUGAAAUACCCACGAAGGAAAAAAUGUGUUUCUAAUUGCCCAUCUUCGACGCAGUCGUCGCCCAGUCAUUCCGGUGUGCUUUGUCGAAGCGGUGUUUUUGCUGGUAACAUCGUUGGAAGCAUGCAGUAUGCAAAAAAUAACUCCUUGCUUCAGAAAUCAGAACAAAACGCUGGUGAGUAAUUAGAUCUGAAAGUUAGUGUUAAUUUUGCUCAAAAAGAAUGUAUCUAAAUCCCUGUUUAAUUUUUGUUCCUUUCUAAUCUCCAGAACUUAAAACCAGAUGUCUCUUA